AGUGCCUUUAAAUUUCGGCCAUAGGCCUAUUGUAAUGCUCAGAUUUUUAUUCUUCAUUUCAAGAUAGAAAUACACUGGUUGUAUUCUGUUUUCAAAUCCUAAUUUCUAUAUCUUAAGGUUGGUUUCCUUAAGUGUGAGUGUUAGGUUCUAGUUAUUUAAUUGAGUGUGUAAUAUCUUAAUUAAAUUCUAGACUCAAACCCCAAGUGAGGAUAAGAGUGUGUUAUAUCUCUUAAAACCUACUUGGUUUUUAUCCCUUUUCCCCUCUUAUUUUCCCUUCCAAAUUUUCGGCCCUCCUAAAAAGCACAACCAGUAUCCCCCUUUUUCUCCCCUAUUCUUAUGCCUUUAAACCAUCUUAAAAAUCAACCCUUCAUCCUCCUCCAUAUACUCGACCAGUCCACUCCCCUCCCUUUCCAAACCCAAGCUUAAAUAUAUCAGAACCUGAAUGAAAACUCAACUUGCAACUUAAAGCAAGAAACUCCACUAUCACUGCUCUUAGUGAAGGCAAAGUUAAUUGCAUAGAGCAAAGUGGAAGUUUGUCCAAUGCCCCAUUAAGCUCUCACAAGUCACAACAACACAGACAAAAACAAAUCCUCCAUGAAUCUCAUAGUCAAGCUUUACCAGAACUAUUAUCCUCCAAGACUUUUCCAGCUUUCCAAAACUUCCCUUCAUCCCCACACAUUAUCUCGCCAAACCCAUUUUAUUUCUCUAUCGCACGAUCCCAAAACAGACAUUUCUUGGGGAUAUACUAAUCCCAAGCGUCCCAAGGCAUCGACUAUUCAGAGACCAGCUUGGAGUAGCAUAGAAGAACAAAGCUCGGAGGAGGGAGAUGGAUAUGAGUACUUGGCAAAAGAUGGAGAGGUUUUUCAGAAGACUCUCAGGCUUGUGGAGACUGCCAUGUUUGCCUCUGUUUCUGGGUUAGCCUAUCUCUUAAGCAAUUCUCUUGCUGUUGAGAAUUACUUCGGAUGUUUCUUUGCAUUACCCAUAGUAAUAUCCUCCCUGAGAUGGGGUGUUGCAGCCGGAAGAAAAACUAUGGUGGCGACUGUUGUGCUGUUGUUUGUCCUGUCUGGUCCAGUGAAAGCGAUUAACUAUAUGUUAAUGCACGGUUUACUUGGGUUGACUAUGGGCUCUUUAUGGAGGUUGCGCGCUAAUUGGACGCAAUCAAUCUUCUUGUGUGCCCUUGCUCGGGCAAUAGGUGCCAUAGGGUAUGUGCUAUUGUCUUCGUUUCUAAUAAGAGAAAACAUACUCCAAUUGAUUACCAUAAAUAUCCAUGCUUCCCUCUCGUACGUCCUCACAUCUAUUGGCAGCAAUUCAAUUCCAACAAUGGAUGUCAUAUACACCAUUUUCGGGACUCUGCUUCUUAUCAACUCGGCUUUCUUUGCGCUACUGCUACAUAUUCUGUAUGCAAUCUUCUUUGCCAAGUUUGGGAUGAAGUCUUCAUUGAGACUCCCCAAAUGGGUUGAGGUUGCAAUAUAAGACUUGCAUCAUAAGAGUACAGCUGAGGAGAGUGUGGGGUGGUGUCAAAUUUGUGUUGUAAUGGCUAAAGUGAUAGUAUAUAUGGUGGAAAUGAUUCCAAAGUCUGAGUGAGAAUAUGAUAAUCACAUAAUCACACUCUUUCCAACGUUUUUGAACUCUUUUCGAUUCCUUCUAACUCCUCCCAGAGUCCCAAUUACCAACAGGCAACAACGACUUUAAAAACAUAUUUAUACAUGAUGCAUAUACACUAACAUUAUAUAUCUAAAUUUAUAUCAUACCCUCUCAAACACGGACAAUGAUGAGCUCAUUCUUUUUUUAAUUGAAACAAAAGAUGGGUUUUUUG